CCUAGCCCUAGCGGCAGCCCUAGCCCUGCUUCUGCGGCGCCGUCACCAGUGGAAGCCUGGGACUUGGUCGCGUACUCUGACUGAAAAUGUCAGCUAGCUACCUGCGCCUUGUCUGGUCUGUUCUAGACAAUAAAGGGUGGCGGCGGUAGUUCAAGUUUUGCUCUGGCCUUCUGUCUCUGACGGUGAAACGUGGGGUGCCUCCAAAUAACGUGAAGGACCGAAUUAUAUGUUUUAUGAUAAUUUUGGAUUAUUUUUUAAUAGCAGAUAGGAUACUCCUGAUGGCACUAAUACCAGUUCAUGAUAGAAACUGUCAUACUUGCUUUGUGCUGUAACCCGUAUAAAUACGUAGUGUCUCCUUGAAGCCAUGAAUUCAGAAAUCAUGUACUGUGAGGAUCAAUUCCACCACCUAAAUAAUGACAAAUUUGUUUUGUUUUUUAAUGAAAUGUUUUCAUGUUUGUUGUGACUCUUUAUUUGCAGACAAUUUGUUUGUCUUUUCCAUUUGAUUAAUGAGGAAAUGUGACAUUUUUUACUAAAUCAGAAGCAUAUUCCUCCUUGUUAGCAUAAGCAGUUUUAUCUUUGCAAAUUCUUUAAUAUAAAUGUGUGUUUCUGACUCUGUCUUUCUGUUCAGACUAAUACGCGUUUAUGCUGAUUGUUCUAGCAUUACUACCAAUUUGUGCAGCAUUUCCAUGUUCCCUGCCCCCACCAAUAAUUUUGCUCUUCAUAAGGACUAAAGCUCUUGGUUUUACUUGAAGUAGCAUCAGUUUCCCUGCAAGCUCAAAGAUUAGGCAGAACAUACAUAGAAACUGGGAUCUUUUGCUUCAAUCUCUCUUGGCAUCAAUUUAGUAGAUACAAACAUUCAGAAAUAUACCAACCUGGCAUUAUGCAAAUAGAGCAAUUCUUCCCCUCCUCCUUCCCCUCACUUUUCCUCAAGGUGGUUCUGCUCAGAGUUCCUUUCAUCACAUGCAUAGAUGAAAGUUGCAUUGCAAAACUUAACAACUUGUUUACAGAUGCCGUAUUACUAUCUGUAUAUCUGUGCUUAUGGGUAUGCUUUAAUAAGAAUUUUCUUUGUUCUGAUGUACUUUCUUAAAGCAAGGACUCUGUGUGUGUGUGUGUUCUAGAUGGCAUCAUCAGACUCCGUCAGUACUUGUCUUUCUCCACCAGUACAUUACGUGAUUUGCAAACUUGGAUUUGAGAAAAAAGACACUUAUGAUAUUAAUAAUAUUUUGUCUGAAAAUGGUGAAGUAUGCUGGCAAGCUGUUACAGAGCAUGUGUGUUACCUUGAAUCAGAUCAAAGUGUGGACUAUAUCAAAAGCAUACGAUCAUUAGGACCUCUAUGUGAAUCUGUUAAUUUGCACUUCAAAUCUCUGACCAAGGAGCAAUUUGUAAUUCAGUAUGAAUUAUGGUUCCGCUGGACAAACUACACAGAGUUAUUUCUUGAAGUAUUUGAUGUUCUACAAUAUACACAAACUACAGAAGUUGCUCUUGGCUUAAUGAAACUAACGUCAUGCUUGGAGCGAGCCUUGGGUGAUGUAUAUUUACUGAUUGGUAAAGAUUGCCCUUUCCUUCUAAGAGACUUGCUUGCUUCUGAGCAGCUUGCAGUUGUCUUUGGACAAGCUGUAAUGAAUGUACUGAGGGUAUUCAUUGGAUCUCCGUAUGGUCUGAAUCUUCGUAAUGUUUUGUGGCAUGGGUUUGCAUCCCCACAAGAAAUUCCUGCGAAAUAUUGUGCUAUGCUGCUUUUUUUAACUGCAGGAUUGGGUCAGUUGUUGCAGACAUACCUUCUGCAAACUAAAUGCAUUUUAGUACAUCGACCUUAUGUGAUCUUCGUUAGCUUAGAGGAGCUUAAUGUAUUUCCAGAUCUUAAUCACGAAACACUUUCCAUAGCUGAAGAACUAGUAAAACUAUCCAGUUUUGUAUUAAAAACAAUGUCACCAUUGUGGAUGGCUGCUUUAUCAGCUUUCAAGCAAAGCAGGUAUGCUGACUGUGUGAUUCUCUUACUUCCUCAGCUGGAAGUUGGACUUAGAUUGCUCUUCACUACAACUAAUAAAUGUCCAAAUCGAAUGCUAACAGCUGAGCCUUCUGCUCUCUACACCACUUUUGAUGAGAUGCUAGCAAAGCAUUUGGAUAAUGAAGUCAACCAGCUUCCUGCAGUUCUUGAGGAACCUGCCAUGGAAUUUCUUUGGGAUUUCUUGAAUCACCAGGAGGGUCCACGUAUAAGAGAUCGUUUAAGCCAUGGAGAGAUCAAUCUAAAAGCAUUUCCCAGAGAAGUAGCUAAUCAGAUAGUUGCAUUUGCAAUUACUCUUCUCUGCAGAUUCUCAGAUGAGGACGUGUUUGCUUUUAAGGUGCUGGAAUGUAUGAAGAGCAUUCACUUAUGGCCGGAAUUGCCAACAGUGCCUGAGGAACACAUUCAAACAAAUAAAAGGUUGGAAGGAAAUGCUGAAGCUAGUACUUUAAUUUUGAUGAUAUCUGAAAUUACAUCUCAGUUGCAGCAAUAUAUGCCCCAGAAUUACUGUAUUUCAGAUGAUCCAAUCAAUAGUGUCUUAACAGAGAGGCUGUUGACUGAACUUUGUGAUACACGUAUUUGCACACUUUAUUCUCCACGACCUGUUCUGGAAAUAUUGGUGGUACUCCGUAAAAUAAGCGCACAGUGCCAUCAAGUGUCUGAACAAGUUAUUGCCAGCACUGAGUUGAAAUACAAACAGUGGAUGAACAAGACUCUACGUUCUCGCCAGAGGCAUAACUAUCUACGAAUGUUAAACAGCAUUCAAUUUUUGUCUCCUGCGUUACGGCUCAUCUUAGUAUUGAUUACUCUGGAACUAGUCAACAUUCAUUUGGUUUGUAAGAAGAAUCCUUUUGAUUAUCAGCAGUAUCUAAAGUUUUUGAAGUCAGUCUUGCAAUAUACUGAGAACUUGGUGACAUACACAAGCCCCGAGAAGAACAAGUGGGAUGAAACCAUGGAGCUUACAAACAAGGCUUUGAUAAAAAUAAGGAAAAUCAGUGACAGAAAGCUAACGUUAAUGCAGUUAGCUAUGUAAAUUAAAUGGUUUUAAGAUUAUUUGGACAUUUUUAUAUUUUAAGUGUUCUGGAGUCCUCAAAUAUGGCAAGUCUAAUUCAAAGACAAACUUCAUCAGUCAUUGUCAAAUUUUGGAUGCAAAAGUUAGUCUUUUUAUUAGAAGGUGGCUGUUGAGACUGGAGUUGAAUGAUCAAGCUUCUGAAAAAUGGUCUGUUUGCCAAAUCCAGUGAAAAAGAUGGACUGUGAGCUAAAUCAAGAUAAUGCAAAUUUAGCUUUAUAUCAUGUGUUUUGUAGCUUGAUUUUUUUUUUUUUGUAGUUUUCUAUUUUACUGAAAAUAUCUAAGAGAAGAGUUUGGAUAAAAGCUCUGGAAAAUUUUAAAUCCCAAAAGUAAUUUUUUACUUUGAAAUAUACUGACAAUAUCAGACACUGUGAUCAACAGGUUAAGAAAUGAUGAACAUUUAGCAUCAAGUAGUACUCACUGGCGGCUGUGGUGGUUGUUAUUAGCUCAAAGUAGUCAGAUCUUGCCCUGAGGUAGAGCUGAUAACACAGUAUCAUUUAUAUACCAGGUUUUAAAGGAGGCAGGGUGGAAUAACUUUUGCCCAAUAUGUGUUUCUUUCAUUUAAUUUCAUCUGCUCAUUCCCAAUACAUAUCUAGUUAGUGAGUUAACUUCACGCAGAUUAAAUAUGAACACUCACCUGCACGUGCUCAGACACAUUUAUUGCAGUUCGAAAAGUUAUCCUCUUGUUGCGCACAACAUUCAUUUGAAUUAUUUAUUUUUCUUCAAAAUAAAUUCUCCUCCUUUCUCAUCCCCAAAGAGUAGAAUUUCAAAGGAUACACAGAAGACCACCAAUCUCUAUCCAUUUGUUUUCUCCUAUGGAGAGUAAAACCAGAGGGUAAUGUCUGGAGAAUGUUUUCCUCUACAAAAGAUUAGAGAUGCAAGUUACAUUUUAAUAAGAUUCUUUGUAGUGUUUCUUGACUCGAAAUCACAGUGCAAGAAUUACUAGUUCAGUUUAUGCAGUGUGUGGGAUGAAUGUAAACUAAGAUCAUAUUGCUUCCUUUAUGCUACUCUUGCAAUAUAUUGUGUAUGUUUGAAGUUUAACUAUGUAACUUUCCAAGUUUCUUUUGUUACUAUGGAACUAAAUGAUGUGAAGAAGUAUGAACUGGAUAAAAAAGAUUAAAACUAGGAAUAGAGAAUAAUGAAUAUGACCCACAGCCUGAAAUCUCAUCUUUUUUUUUUUUUUUUUUUUUUAACAUCUGAGUUGGCAAAUCCUAAUUAUAGUUUUGAAGGCUUAUUUUGUACCCAUUGACUUUGCUCAGAAGUGUUGACUUCUGCUAAGUGUAGCUUGGUAGUGACAUUUAUGAUGACACUUGUUUUGAUGGUGAUAACUAUUGUAAGGCAAAAAAUUAUUUAAGCUUUGCAUAUUUAUUGUAGGAAAGAGAUCAAGAAAUUAAAACACAAUCAUGGUUUAAAAGUACAUAAACAGCUGACACACUUUCUCCUUUUGAAAGAAUGUUCAUGUACUGAAAAGCACCUUAUAGACUAUAGAAGUAUAUUUUCAACAACACAAGUUCUCCUUUUCUUCCUAUAUUUAAACUUUCCUGAAAUGAUCUUGCAUGUUAUACUCUUCAUAUGCUUUUACCAAAGAUGGAGCAUAUUGACAGUUUCUCCAUUACUAAUUAUUGCCAUAGAUGUGAUUUACUGCUUUAAGUCUGCGGUAAGAAACACGACAAACCGGCAAUUUUGUCAAAGAUACUUUUCCAGGUUUUUUUUCCUACCUUUGAAGCUUUCUGAUGGGAAUGCUGCUACCAUCUAUUGUUAGACAAAUCUGAACCAGACUGGGACAAUCCAAUUUAUUCUGAUUUAAUGCUGUCAUUUACCAGUAGAGCUGCAUGCAGGGCUUAUGGUUUCUUCCUGCUCUUAAAAGACUUGCAGAAUAAAUGUAUAUUCUACAAUGCACAUGGACGAACGAAUGACAAGAGACAUGGUAAAGAUCAUGGGUUUGUUCUUUAUCAGUUACUUGAAAUGACUUUUCCACUUCAGUUAUUCAUCUUUGCCAUCUGCUUGGAGUCACUUGAAGUUUUCAUGGAAUCAUAGAAUGGUUACGGUUGGAAGGGACCUCAAAGACCAUCUAGUUCCAACCCCCCUGCUGCGGGCAGGGACACCCUCCACUAGACCACAUUGCCCAAAGCCUCAUCAUAUUAGAAAAAUCUUGACCCUGAACACUCGGUAUUCCUGAGAGCAAAAGAAGCUUGGAAUAACCAAAGACAUCCAGCAGGUACAUGCAUGAGUAAUCCUGACGAAACACAUCACAUUUAAAUACAAGUGUUCUGAUUUUUGUUGUCCUAAAGGGAAUUAAUUCUGGAGCUGAGCUGUCCAAAACUGCAUAGUCAUCCAUUAGGCAUUCAUGUUGUUGUUCAGUCUUUUUUCAAAAUUCUUGACAUUUCAAAUACCUAGAAUUGUACCAAAGAAUGUUUUCUUGCAAGUGUGGUAUUUCACCCAAAUAUUACUUACAUAUGUAUUAAUUGUUGUCCUUGGUCCCCGAGGUCUGCAUUUUCAUGGAGCUAGUAUUCACUCAGUGAAUCUAUACAGACAUAGACAUGGAGUCUGCAGCAUCCUCUGAGAAAGGUGGUUGAAAUAUUUUACCUGGAUAAUGCUGAGGGAGUGACGAUUCUUCAGUCAGUUCUUCUGCAUCCAAUUAAUCAAUUUAUAUGUGUGUGUAAAUUAAAAAUAGCUGAGAAUUUGUUUCUAAUACUUCCUGAUAUUACAAGCUGAUGUUAGGCAUCCCAACUCAGAAUGUAUGACCGAAGUUUUGAGAACUUUGAAGAAAAUCAGGUAUCCAUCUUUCUGGCUAAGUCAUUGGAAUUCCUUUGCAUCUUCUUCAAUAUCCCAUCUAAAUUAGAAGAGGAGCAUCUCUAAUAAUUUUAGCUUUUCAAUAAUGAGAUACAGUUUGUUUGCCUGCCUUCCACCUCAAGGGGAGUUUUCAGGUGAGAGAUGGUAUUAAAUAAUAAAAAAUUGAAUGCUUUUAAUUCAAAUUGGAAUGGAUGUAGUUUUCAAGUAAGAGUAGAGAUCCUUUGCUGCUUACAUUAGAACUAGUGAAAAUUAAUAUUGUAGGAAGUCUUCUGAAUCCAUUGUCUUCAUCAUUAUAUGAAUAAACGCUUUUAUUCAUACACACAAACAUUUAAAGAAAAGCCAAUCUCUGAAAUAAUUAUGUUGUAGUUGUGUGAACAUUUGUGGGUUUUGGUACCUUCUAGGGACCAACCAUCAAGAUGAACUAGAAGUUUACUGAGGUGGGCACUGCACAAAGACAAUGAAACAUCAAUUAUGGUAGGCAUCAGUGUGUGGAAACAAAGCUGGUCCAUUAUUUUCUCUCUGUCAUUCUCUAGUUAGUGCUCUCCACAAUGAUGAUAGAAGGGCUUAGAAACAGAACCAUGUGUUCUUACACAAAUGUAACACAAGUGGCUAAAAAUACUUAAAACCUCUUUGGGGUUGUCAUCAUUACUGCAUCAUACAGAAACAUUUUACAUAAGAGAUAGAGCAACAAAUUUGAUUUACUUUAUCUUUUAAUAUUUAUCAACUAGCAGUUUUCAAGCAGCCUGAUACUGUUUGAAGUGAACACAUGGUGGCAGUGUUUGGUAAGUCAAAAUAGCAUUGCAUCCUGACAUUUACUGUCUUAUCUCUUAGAAUGUGUACAAAGAAAUCGUUUUCUUCUGAUUUCAUUAGCUGUGUUAUAUGUGUCUUUAAUUGUGGCCGUUGCUUCUGGUGAAACUUUUUUCUUUCCUCAUUUGUUUCAGAUCUCUUUUGGAGAAAUUAAACGCCUCUGAAAAAAUGUUUUGCAAACAGCAUUUUAAUAAUUAGAGGUUCAUCACAUGCACCACAUUACUUCCUGAGGACUUCUCAAAUUUGCCAGAAAUUCAUCUCCUCAGGUAGUUUAAGAGAAUGAGUUCUAUGAAUUUAAUAAAUAGUUUAUUUUAAUAAAUUAUUGUUUCUUACAAAACAUAAGAAGGUAUUUACAUUCCUAAAAGAAAAAACUCCAGAUUGUUCUUUGUUAGCUGCUGUGAUACCAUGAAAAAUCUUAUCUCAAAACCAAAAUACAUCUUUUGAACAAAAAUAAUUGUCAAAGAAUGUGUUUAUUGAGAAAAUUGCUCCGAGGGCUCACUCUUAUUGCUGUGGUAAUGAUUUUUUUUCAGUCUGUUAAAACUGAAAUGUGCUGUUCAUAUGCCACCCUGUGAAGAAGAUAUAGUUGAGCAUUGCUUGUUGGGUGGCCUUUGAAAACCUUGUCCACAGUAGCACUUUCAAACCAUGCCGCGAGGUUGCAGAUAAAAAAGAUUUUCAUUCACAUGAAGUAGUUUUUGUAUGCUGUGAAAUCUUGUGGAGAAAUGUUGGAACAUCCUCAGCAGAGCUUGGUUUUGCCUUAUACAACAUUAGUGCAUCUGGUCAAUGUAUGGUGUAUCACCUUUUUUUCAUAAAUUGGUCUGCAGAUGUGGAGCAGAUUCCUGGCUGGCGUAAACUAUUCCUGUCCCCUCUACUUCAGUGCAGAAGCUUUACUCCACUGAGGAUCUGCCCCAUGCUGUUUGGGUUUCCCUUGAAGUGGAUUGGUUCCUAUCUGUGCUUCUUUUUCAGGCUUGUGUAUUUUCAGGGGACUGGAAGAGAGAGCUAUGUAUUUCAGACAAAAUUGCUGUAUAGCAAACCCUAACUAAUUUAGUGGGUUACUUCACAGGGAAGUGGGGAUCGAGUGUGGGACUUCACAGCUAUAUACCAAAUUCUUAAUUCUUUAAUAUUUUUGUGUUUCAGAAAGAACUUCACCUAGAGUAGAAUUCGGUUUUUUGGGGGGGGCUUUUUCAGGAGCAAUGCUAUAGAUCAGAUCACCUGAUUUUUGCUUUUUAAAAAUGUUCAAGGACAAACGCAGAUCUGUUAUUUAAGAAGUCUUUUAAGCCAUACAGAUUUUCAGAUAGAAAUUGACUGAAAGGAAAAUGCCUGUUGUUUGCCUUCCCUGGCCCCCAGGCAAUAGGAUGUAAAUACGGGUAGUGAAUACUGUGUGAGAUCAAACUGGCAUUUUUUCUGAAGGUGAGAAUCCAAGACAAUGUAUACAAUUAAAGCCAACAGCCUUGCCUACCAAAAGGAGUCCAUGCCUUCUGGCAUUCUCCACUGAAUACCUCCUCUGUUCCUCUCCCAUGUAUAUGCAUCUCACAGUUUCUCUAUGGAAAGAAAAAAAAAAAAAGCAUAGUAGAACCAGCCAGCGCCAGUUUGUUUUCCAUGUUUUCUUUUCUCUGUAAGGGAUUAGUUGUAGUAACAGAUUUCAUGUGCCAGAAAGUGGGUGAACAUUAACUAUUUUGUCAUGCACUGAUCCUUCCCACAGCCCUGCAAAAUUUGAAAUGCAGGAAUGGUUAUUCAUUAACAUUUCUUUGUGUCUACAGGAAGUACAUUUACUAUGUAAACAUGUUUUAUAUAGAACAUACAGCUGUUUUGAACGAGCACUCAAUGAAACAUAAGAGUACAGUGCCUACACUGCCACUUCAGAAACUCUGAGAUACCACAGCAUUAUGUUUUGGAAGAGCGAACGCACAAAGACUUUGCCAGGAAAAACGAAUGGUGGAAGUUUCUUUUUAAAAAAAAUAAAUCUUUCUUUUAAUUUGUCUGAUUGUUUUGUAUCUGAA